ACCUUUUUAUCUCAUUGGUCUUUUGUUUAGUCAAUUCAAUCGUGCGUCGCUCACGCGGUAUCCGCCUACUUGCAGUUACAGUGUCGACUUGAGAGCCGAACUAAUUGAAAGAAAAGGGAAUACAUUUGGAGAUUUAAAGGGCCAAAUGGGAAGUCUACCAGAUACCAGUGUUCUGACCACACAGCUGGAGAACACGCUAAUAUCUUACCACAGCAUUGAGGAUGAUGAAUGGAGGUUGGCGAAGCAUUCGAAAGAUGUAAAAGUAUGGAGAAAGCCAUCAGAGGAAUUCAAUGGAUUUCUGUAUAAAGCCCAAGGUAUUGUAAAGGACACUCCCAAAAGAAUAGUCGAUUAUAUUCGCCCUGGACCAUUCCGACUGGACUGGGAUAGUUUGAUGACGUCAAUGGACAUUGUAAAAACAUUUGAUAAGAAGGAGUGCUGUGUGAUGCGAUAUACAACAGCCGGACAGCUAUGGAACAUCAUCGCUCCCAGGGAGUUCAUCGACUUUUCUUACACUACAGACUACCAAGAUGGCCUUCUGUCCUGUGGCAUCAGCGUGGAACAUGGGGAACAGCACCAGAGCUUCGUCAGGGGCUUCAAUCACCCCUGCGGCUGGUUCUGCGUGCCGGAAGAAGCGAGCCCAGCUCAGAGCCUGCUAACGGGCUACAUCCAGACUGACCUCCGAGGGAUGCUCCCCAAGUCUGCAGUGGACACUGCCAUGGCCAGCACCCUGGUCAACUUCUUUGUGGACUUGCGACGGGCGCUGAAGUGAUCAACGCCUUCUGCUGAGCCCCCGCCACUCCUUCCAUUACCAUCACAGCUCCAGCACAAUUUAACUCAGGGUUGCUUUGAAUAGGUAUAGCCCGUUACCUUUCCUUCUCUUAUCUACAAUCGACAUCAGUCCUGUUCUUUAUGGAUGUAUGCAUCCUGUUGCACUGUUAAAUGUGAAAUCAUUCAAAUCUAUUAUUAUUAUUAUUAUUA